AUGACUAUUAUCACAUUAGUAUCUGCGGUAUUAAAAGGUUAUUACCAAACGAUUGAAGAUGAAAAUGGAACUACCGCGUUCCAAUCAGUUUUUCUAGCUAUGCUUUUAAUUGACGAAACAAUUAUACUUGCUUGUUUCAUAAAGUAUGGGCGAUUAUUAGUAAAAUUAAUUGAUGGUAGUGCGCAGUUGUAUGGAGUCAAAGAAGCUGUUUCCUCAGGGGGUAUUGAUAAACUUGCAAGAUACAAGAUGUAUAUAACAAAGCUAAAAUUGACAAAUACUGUUAUCACAGUGAUCAUGGGCUGGUAUGAAUUUAUUUGUAUUUUUCUAUUGUUCGGGCGAGGAAAAAUACCGGCGACUACGAAAAAUUCGGUAAUCUUCAUGGGCAUAAACGCGAUUGGAACUGCGUUAGUGAUGUUACUUGCCUUAUUCAACAUUGCUCACGGAGCCAUCGAUAUAACCACUUCUAUUCGAUGGUCAAUUACAUCUCGUAUUCAAUCCUAUGAAGUGGAAUGCGUCAAUACAAUCGUGGAAGAAAUUCACCACAAUUACGGAUCUGUACAAUAA